AUGCCGAAACACCAUGAGCUCCCCGACGCGUGGGAAGACGACUGGGAGACGCAGGCCGAUCAAAUGUCCAAACAAGAGGAGGCAGCGCCUGCGCAGAAAACCCCCAUGUCACGCCCUGAGCUGCUGGCAAGGCAUGCCGAAGGCCAACGCAAACUCUGGGAAUCAGCCGAGACCCCAACAGAGAACCUGUUCGUAGUUGCGAGCAGCAACGUACCGCUGGCAACGGGCUUCAAACCUGCAGUGAAGGUCUUGAGCCGAAAGCCCACACCGCAGAUGGUAGUCAAGAGGGAUCCUGUUACCGGACUCGAGCGGUUGACACUCGAUGACGACGAAGACGAGGAUGACUCCACUAAGCACCAGCCCACACCAGAGGAGAUCCGAAUGCGCCAGCAGAGAGAGCUUGAGGAGAAGCAGCGCCGCUACGAAGAAGUACGAGCCAAGAUCUUUGGCGACUCAAAUGCCUCAUCCGGCCAAUCGACUCCUCGGAAUGAGACCACUCCACCCUCAUCAGAUGGCCGCCAGACCUACAGAAAACAGACCAGGGGUCGCGGAGGAGGGCCCCGAAGCGAAGGAUCCCGCAGCGACAGUCGGCACGACGGCCGGCAAGACGGUCAGAGCCGCCGCACGCCUGUGGGCAACCCGAUCGGUUCCCGGGAACUGUAUGAUCCCAGCUACUCUCCCAAACCCGGGUUCGGCAUACAGAAGCGGGACGGCGAAAGCGCGACACCUAGGCCUGGCAGGGCAUCUACACCGCGAGAAGAAGAGCAGGCUAUUCGUUCACCCAUUGGACCCGAUAAUAGCGGAAGAGGCGGCUUUAGGUUCGCCAGGCGCGGUGCCAAAGAAGACUGA